AUGACUGAAAACUCUAUAUCUCCUAAAGCAGAUAAAAGCAUUUCUUUCUUCAAAACCUCCAGAAAAUAUGAGCCAAAGAUGGAAUAGGCCCUAGCAAACCUGCUCUUCUCAGCCAAGAAUUUUCCUCAUGCCAAGUCCUACCAUCGGAUCAACUGAACUUGGACUUCAGGGAUAGGAUGGCUGAAGAAAUUGGUCGGCAUCAAGGCACGUAGGACUAAGGCUGACUCCACCAUUUAAAUUGGAACGUAUUUUGUGGGUACUUCAACCCCCUUUAAAUUGGGAACAAAAUUAUUUUUAAAUAGGAAAAUUUAAAUGGUUCAAAUAGACCAAAUUUGAUAGACAAAAUGCAAGUAGAUGUUAUUUAAACAGUUUUAAAAAACUAAAUUGAUUAAUUUUUUUAUUUAAAUCUUUAUAAAAAUAAAUUAAAAUUCAAAGUAUUUUGCUCAAUUAUAUUCUUUAACAAUAUAAAAAAUUUGUAAAAUUAAUUUUGACUUAGUUUAAUAGAAAUAGGGCAAUAAGAAUGCUAUUUAAACAGUGUCACACUGAACCGAUUAAUUUUUAUAUUAUUUCUUCAUAAAAAAUAAAUUAAAAUUUAAAGUAUCGUGCUCAAUUAAUAAUUUUCAGGAUUUUUAAUUUAAAAGGGGAGUUAGUAGUUAGGCGCCCGGUCUUUACUUUAUUCAAGGCCAGCAGGUAGAUUAUCUAAGGCAAGAUGGAAGCACUCCACAGUUCACCGGAUUCCAAUGAAGAAGAUACAAUUUAAUUGGUUGCAAUCACAUUAAAUACAAGUGUUUUGGUCAAGACAACUGACGUGAGGUAUGUAGAUAAACCACCUUGCCAUCGCUAGAUGCAGGUAAUAACUAUAUUUAGUCAUAGCGUGAUGAGCUUUGGUUUUGAUUUUGCCAUAAAAUGGUCGACAGCCUCUCUAAAUGGGCUUGCAGGAUAAACCUAAGUUUUUUUACUGCAGCCUUUUAUAGUCAAAAAUGACGGAGGGUUUUUUCCGGGGUUUUCAGGAAAAACCCUAAUGAAUUUUUCACAAAAGUAUAAUGAAAAAAACCAACCUUGUGCAAGAUGGAAUUCGGAAUUGAAAGGGGUGUCAGCAAUAUCAGUGAGGUUCCUCCUGAUUGAUCAGUUGCGUCCUGGAACUACGAAUUUUUAUCUUAGCCUACAGGUGACCAGAAAAAUUGUUUUCGAAUUUUCUAGAACCAAACCCCGUUGGUGUACUGCAUGGUGACCUAAAAUUUCCGACUACCAGGUAGCAUGUCUGUUAUGAGCAAGAAUUUGAAGGUUGUGAGACGAUUGUCGACGAGAAGACGAUUGGAACCUUAUGGAAGAGAAUCAGGAUCCUCGGAUCCAGACAGUGAGCUUUCCUAUAAUCUAGCUAAGUUAAGUGUAAAGUUUAGAUACAAUGCGAUUUCUUUCUUAUUUGGUUUGCAUUUUUAGAGUUUAGAGUUAAGAUUGUAGCAAGUCUCAAAAACUAGAUCUUUAAGGCCAUAUCUCAGCUAUAAUAAGCAGAUCCCGAUAAAAUACUUGUCAAAAAGUUUUUAUCCAGAAAAAUGAGGAAAAAAACACAGGUAGAUUUUUUCCUUUAUACUUUUGUGAAACCAUUGGGUUUUCAUCCUGAAAAAAUCUGGAAAUAACCUUCCUCGUUUUGGGCUGUAAAAAGGCAGCACGAAAUAACCCUCGGUUUUUUUUUCGUCACAAUCCUUCUAAAUGCAAGGUUAAAAUUAAGGCUUUUCAAAUCCUCCAAGGUUGACUCCUGCUCCUAUGUCGCUAUGAAAAACGGACAAGCUGUCGCCGUUCCUUACAACACCAAUUCCCCCACAAAUAAAAGCUUAUACUCAAAUCAUCCAAAGCUAACAGAAAAGCGAAGCUUGUCUCACGACGUUCAUAAAAUCAGGCACCAUUUGCAUGCUGGAAUGACCUCAAAACCUCUUGAGCCAUAUUCCCCAGACGCCCAAAGAUCUAGACUUCGGAGCGAGGACUUUGUGAUUCCUUAUAAAAAUACUUCACAAAUUAUUAUUGGAGACAGAAACUCUAAAUAUAAAAGACAUUUUUUAACAACAGCUCAAAAUUUAUUAAAGAAGCCAAUUUUGCAGAUGACGACUAAUUUGGGGAUUCUAUCUGAAAAGACUAAGUGGAUUAAAUAUAAAGAAGACUGCUAG